UCCCCGUCCAGGGGCCGCAGCCAUGAGCGUCCCCGACUACAUGCAGUGCGCCGAGGACCACCAGACGCUGCUGGUGGUGGUGCAGGCCGUGGGCGUGUCGUCGGAGGAGAACUUCUUCCGCGUGUACCGGCGCAUCAGCGCCGUGAGCCAGGUGAGCGUGCGGGACUCGCAGCGCGUGCUCUUCAUCCGCUACCGCCACCACUACCCGCCGGCCAACAACGAGUGGGGCGACCUGCAGACGCACCGCAAAGUGGCCGGCCUGGUCACCGUCACGGACUGCGCCUCGCCGCGCGACUGGCCGCAGGCGCUGGAGAAGUUCCAGGCGCAGAAGGAGCUGUACGGGCCCACGCUGUACGACUCGCGCCUGCUGGUGUUCGGGCUGCCCAGCGAGCCGGCCGAGCCGCCGCGGCCCGACGUGGCCUUCUACCCCAGCUACGACGCCUGCGACUCGGUGGAGAAGCGCAUCGAGGACUUCGUCGAGUCGCUCUUCAUCGUGCUCGAGUCCAAGCGCCUGGACCGCGCCACCGACAAGUCGGGGGACAAGAUCCCCCUGCUCUGCGCGCCCUUCGAGAAGAAGGACUUCGUGGGGCUGGACACCGACAGCAGUACGAUGUUGGGUCUGAGAAGGCACUACAAGAAACGCUGCCAGGGCCGCAUGCGAAAGCAUGUGGGCGACUUGUGCCUGCAGGCAGGGAUGCUGCAGGAUGCACUGGUGCACUAUCACAUGGCUGUGGAGCUGCUGCGCGCCCUCAACGACUUCCUGUGGCUCGGAGCUGCCCUCGAAGGUCUGUGCUCGGCGUCUGUCAUCUACCACUAUCCAGGGGGCACAGGUGGCCCUGGCUCGCGCAGGACUCAGAGCAGCAUGUCGGCUGCUGAGGCCGCCAACAGACAUCGGCCAGGGGCACAAGAAGUUCUCAUUGACCCAGGCGCCCUCACCACCAACGGCAUCAACGCAGACACCAGUGCUGAGAUCGGGCGCGCCAAGAGCUGCCUGGGGCCCGAGGACAUCAUCGACAAGUACAAGGAGGCCAUUUCCUGUUACAGCAAGUACAAGAAUGCAGGUGUCAUUGAACUGGAGGCCUGCGUGAAGGCGGUGAGAGUCCUUGCCGUGCAGAAGCGCAGCAUGGAGGCCUCCGAUUUCCUGCAGAAUGCGGUAUACAUUAACCUGCGUCAGCUCUCGGAGGAGGAGAAGAUCCAGCGCUACAGCAUCCUGGCUGAGCUCUAUGAGCUCAUUGGUUUCCGCCGCAAAUCGGCUUUCUUCAAGCGCGUGGCUGCCAUGCAGUGUGUGGCCCCUAGCAUCACCGAGCCGGGUUGGCGUGCCUGCUACCAGCUGCUCCUGGAGACGUUGCCUGGCUAUAGCCUGUCCCUGGACCCCAAAGACUUCCACAGAGGUGCCCACCGGGGCUGGGCCGCAGUGCAGAUGCGGCUCCUGCAUGAGCUAGUGUAUGCAUCACGGCGCAUGGGUGACCCAGCACUGGCUGUGAGGCACUUGUCCUUCUUGUUGCAGACCAUGCUGGACUUCCUGUCCGACCAGGAAAAGAAAGAUGUGUCUCAGAGCCUGGAGAGCUACACAGCCAAGUGUCCAGGCACUAUGGACACCAUCAGCCUCCCUGACGGUCUCACGCUGCCCCCCGUGCCCUUCACCAAGCUGCCCAUUGUCAGGCACGUGAAGCUGUUGCCCCUCCCUGCCAGCCUGCGACCCCAAAAGGUGAAGAAUCCGCUGGGACCCAGCAUGUCCAGCAAAAGCCCCUUUAUCUACUCUCCCAUCAUCGCCCACGGCCGCAGCGAGGAGCGAGGCAAGAAGAUCGAUUUUCAAUGGGUGCAGGGUGACGUGUGCGAGGUGCAGCUGAUGGUGUAUAACCCGAUGCCAUUUGAGCUCCGAGUGGAGAACAUGGGCCUGCUCACGAGCGGUGUGGACUUUGAAUCACUCCCCGCAGCUCUGUCCUUGCCUGCCGAGUCCGGCCUCUACCCCGUGACGCUGGUGGGUGUCCCCCAGACCACUGGGACCAUCACUGUGAAUGGUUACCACACCACCGUGUUUGGUGUGUUCAGCCAUUGUUUGCUAGACAACCUCCCAGGGGUACAGAGUGGCGACUCCUCAGUGGAGGUCAUCCCAGCGUUGCCCCGGAUCCAGAUCAGCACAUCCCUGCCCAGGUCUGCACAUGCUCUGCAGCCUUCCUCAGGGGAUGAGGUUUCUGCCAACGUGUCUGUGCAGCUGCUGAAUGGAGAAACUCAGGAGCUGGUCAUCAGGUUGGAGAACAUAGGCUCUGAGCUGUUGGAGACAUUGGAGGUCACCUCUAGACUCCUGAGCAGCAAAGAGAAGCUAUACGGGGACUUCUUGAGUUGGAAGCUGGAGGAAGUGCUGGCACAGUUGCCCCUGAAGCCCGGCCAGGUUGCCACACUUACCGUCUGCGUCCGUGCCAAGCUGGACUUCUCAUGCCAGGAGAGCCUGCUGCUGGACCUGAGCGACGAUGGGGCGAGUGUCACUGGCUUUCCCCUCAGCAGCCCCUCACGCCAGGCGGCGCGGCCUCGGGCAGACAGCAAGGUGGUGGCAGCGGCUGAAGGCGGCAGGCCUGGGGACCCGGCUCACACUAAGACCCUGGAAGCGAUCCUGCAUUUCAAGUACUCGGGUGGCCCGGGGCACACGGAUGGCUUCUACAGGGCCCUGACCCUGGGCCUGCACGUGGAUGUGGGCCCCUCCAUCUUCUUCACCCGCGUCAGCACCUUGCCGGCUACGAGCACUCGCCAGUGCCACCUGCUUCUGGAUGUCUUCAAUGCCACUGAGCAGGAGCUCACAGUCAGCGCCCGCCACACUGACGAGCUGGUCCUGCAGGCUGGGAGCUGCCAACGCAUGGCCAUCCAGGUGGACAAGUUCAACUUCGAGCACGUGACUGAGCCCACAGCAGACAAGGAGACGUUUGCCAACCCCAGACAGCUGGAGGAGGAGAGGCAGGAGGCACGGGGCCUGGAGAUCAACAGCAAGCUGGGCCUGUGCUGGAAGAUCCCAUCUCUGAAGCGUGUAGGGGAGGCGAGUGUGGAGGGGGUCCUCAACCAGCUGGUCCUGGAGCACCUGCAGCUGGCACCCCUACACUGGGAUGUGCUGGUGGACGGGCAGCCGUGUGACGGUGAGGCAGCAGCCUGCCAGGUGGGCGAUCCGGUAUCCCUGGAGGUGCGCUUGACCAACCAGAGCCCCCGCCUUGUGGGGCCCUUCGCCCUCACCGUGGUGCCCUUCCAGGACCACCAGAAUGGCGUCCACAACUAUGACCUGCAUCACGCUGUCUCCUUCCUAGGCUCCAGCACCUUCUACCUGGAUGUGGUGCAGCCCACGGGCCAGGCGGCCUGCCUUGGGGCCCUGCUCUUCCUGUACACAGGUGACUUCUUCCUGCAUAUCCGCUUCCACCAGGACCGCUCAAGCCAGGAAUUGCCGCCCGCCUGGUUCUGCCUGCCCCGCGUGCAUGUGCGGGCCCUGGACGCGCGGGCCUAAGGCCCACUGUGGGCCCGAGGGUGGGCCAGGACUUGGUCCUGCUUCUGCUGCGUUCUCCUGCGCCCCCAGACCAACCAUCCAGGCUCAGAGUGACCAGCACGGGCUUUAGCCUUUGAGCCUGGUCCCUGUGGCUGCUCCACAGUCAGAAGCUGAAGAACACCCCUGGGGGGUGGGGUGGUGCUGGCCCUGUAGAGGCCGUGGGUCCCUGUGCCAGUUCCUAUUCCUAUGACUUGGGGUUCCUGACCCAGGUGGCAGGAAGAGAUGGUGAGUGAAAGGGACAGAACCCCCUCUGUUAUUGAGUGUUCCCCAUCCAGGUGGGCCAGAGUCUCCUGGUCAGCACCAAGAUGGGCACCAAGAUGGGAUGCAGUGCUGUGGCCGGCUUGUAGCACCCCUUGGCAAGUUUGCAAUAAAGGGCCUGACUCCUCUCCAGGCUCCCAUGUCUGUG